AGGCGGCCGCGAGGAAGUGUCCCGCGCGGGCACCCGUCGGCCGCGGGGAUUGGCCCGUGCGGGCACCCGUCCGCGCGCCCAACAGCCGCGGGAGGCGCGAAGGGGUGAGAGGGGCAAUGGCGGCGCGGGGGGCGACGGCGGGCUCGAAGCGGGGCUGCGGGGCAUCGGCGGGGCAGUACAGCGGCCGGGACCUGCAGCAGGAUGUGCUCCUUAGGCCUGUUCCCCCCGCCGCCGCCCCCCGGGGACAUCACCCUCUACGAGUUCAAUAACGCCCUGGUGUGCGGCCACCUCUACGAGACGCUGCCCCUCGCUUUCCAGAGCCAGCUGGCCGACCUGCCCGUCCUCAGCCUGCCCAAGGAAACCCUGAAGGCUCACAGCCGCCUGGAGCACGGCACCAAGCCCGCCUUCAUCCACCACCGCGAGUCCCUCUGGAAGCGGUGCAUCAACGCCUGGCGGGACGUGGGAGUGUGCGGGGUGCUCAACGAGGUGGCGAACGCCGAGGAGGAGGCUCUGCAGUGGGUGAAGACAGGAUCGCGCUACGCCCUGGCCGUGUGCCACUGGGUCUCCUCUCUGCACGGCUCCCUCUUCCCCCACUUGUCGCUAACCAGUGAAGACAUGAUCGCGGAGUUCUCCCAAGCGGUGGACUGGGCCGGCUGCACCAUCCGAGCCUUCGCCUGGCAUCCCCACACCAGCAAGUUUGCGGUGGCUCUUCUGGACGACUCCAUUCGCGUCUACAACACAAACAGCGCCACCAUCCCCACGCUGAAGCAUCGCUUGCAGAGGAACGUGGCCGCCAUGGCCUGGAAGCCGCUGUGCGCCUCCAUCCUCGCCGUGGCCUGCCAGAGCUGCGUCCUGGUGUGGCACCUGGACCCCACCUCGCUCUCCACCAGACCCUCGUCCGGCUGCGCCCAGGUGCUCUCCUACCCCGGGCACAGCCCUGUCACCAGCCUCGCCUGGGCCCCCAGCGGGGAGUUGUUGCUUUCGGCUUCGCCGGUCGACACGGCCAUGUUGGUGUGGGAUGUGUCCACCGAAAACUGCGUCCAGCUGCCGUGGUUCGGGGGCGGCGGUGUCACUUACUUGGCUUGGUCACCAGACGGCAGCAAGGUCCUCGCGGCCACCCCCUCGGCUGUGUUCAGGGUGUGGGAGGCUCAGAUGUGGACGUGCGAGAGGUGGCCCACGAUCAAAGGACGCUGCCAGACGGGGUGCUGGAGCCCUGACGGCAGCCGACUGCUCUUCACUGUGCUGGGGGAGUCCGUCAUCUACUCCUUGUCCUUCUCGGAGUACAGGGGGGAGAUGCAGGGGCAAGUGGGAGGAUCGAAAACAGCUUCUAUCGUGGCAGACCUGUCGGAGACGACCUUCGAGACGCUCUACGGGGAGGAGAGGAUCGGAGGAGAGGUGCACUCCAUGGCCUGGGACCCCAGCGGCGAGAGGCUCGCGGUGAUCAUCAGAGGGAAUCCCGACGUUCCCGAGAGCCCAACAGUCAUCGCAGUGUUUCGCACCCGCAACAGCCCCGUGUUUGAGCUCCUGCCCUGCGGUUUCCUGCGAGGCGAGCAGGGGGCCCAGCCUCAGCUCAUCGCUUUCCACCCCUGCUUCAAGAAAGGCGCCCUGCUGACCGUGUGCUGGUCCACGGGGAAGAUCAGCCACAUCCCCUUCUUCUUCGUGAGCGCCCAGCUGCCCUGCUUCAGCCCCGGCCGCAGCCCCGUCGCAGCCAUGGCCAGCGCCAGCGUGCGGGAGCAGCCCUUGUUCUCGGAGCUGUGACGGGGCGCCGACGUCCCCCAGCAGCCUCUUCCGCUCUUCCCAAUAAGCCGGGACUGGGAUGUUCCCUCCGCAGCUGCGUCCUCCUCCCGCGGGGACGCGGCGCGUGGAAGCUGCUGUUGGCCUCCGGCACCUUUGACUGUCUCAGGUUGGCAAUGGGGCCUCCCUGUUUGCCGCACGCGCCCGGCAGAGGAAGGCAGCCCGCUUCGCGCGGGGCUGCUACUGUACAGAUUAAAGAUCGCUCUUUCUACCUGA